ACCUGAACCCCGUGUGGUCUCGCAUUCCGUUAGUCCGGAGAUGGGGCGGAGAAGCGUGGAUCCCCGGUGGUACCACUGAGACGCCCGGUCCUGAAUUCUACCCUCCACUGAACUAUCUGCUUUGUGGGAUAAUUUCCUCAUUGGUAGAGUCAGUAAGUUGUGGUGCAGAGAGCAAUCCUAUCUGGUGUGUCAUCGUUUAGAUUUUGCAUAUUUUUUACUAAGUUCAUCCUUAAGGGAAUCUUACAGAUAAGGAAACUGAGCUCCAAGGAAGUGAAAAGACAGUGGAAACAAGAAUGUUAGCACCAUAAAGAGAAAAGCCGAAUAGCGUGGUUUCCACUCUCUUCUUGUUAUUGAUUUGGGGACAUUUUAAACUAAGAAAGAAACAGAAACACGGGUUUCUAUGGACACAUCUCAAAACAAAAUGGAUCUAACACCUUUAGAAUCUCUCAGGAGACAGCUUCAGGCACAUGGCCCAGGAGGGAAUCACCUCAUUUUCUAAUAUUUUAAACGUCUGCUCCUACAGCAAACUAUGUUUCUCUGGGAAAGAUACUCAGAGACCUAAAACAAGGCAGGCAUGGUCUCUUCAAGAGAGCUCCCAGGAGAGAAAACUGACUCCUUCCUCAUCUAUACUCUGGGAACACCAAUUCCAAGACAGGAAAAAUACAACUAGAAAAGGUUGUCCAGAAUUUGUUUCUGGCCCUAGCAAAAGUCAUAAAUGACACUACCUGGAUCCAAACUCUACAUAUUCAUGUCCUGAGGGCUGACUUUUUCUGCCUUUGGUUGAAAAGUAAAGAUGAAAAGUUAAAGCACCUAGGAGCUUGCAGUUGGAAGCUGACAGUCAUUUCAACUUGUUGCUUGGACUUGCCACUAUUCUGAUUCAAGAAGGAGCAGUGCACGGCAUGGGAACAAGCACUCCCAGAAGGAUGCCAUGGUGGACCGUGCCUGAAAACUUUUCUGCCCCAAUGGUAGUGCUCAUUGAAGAGGACCAGGAGGAGCACAUCUUUGGCCCAGCUGACAAGUACCUUCGCUGCAUUGAGGAGCACAGCCACACCCUCAUUCAGCUGGAGGGGUGGUUCACAGCCACAGGCCAGACUCGAGUCACUGUGGUCGGACCACCUAGGGCAAGGCAGUGGCUGCUGGACAUGAUCUGGAGCAUGGGGAGCCAGGACUCCUACCGUCAGCUCCGAGGCCUUGAGAUGUUGCAGCGAGUCCGGAGAAAGCCCCUCACCAAGGAAGACCUGGCCGCCUCUAGCAACGUGCAGCCCGACACUGGGGACCUAUCUUUGGCCUCCAGAAUGGGUGGGACCAUCUCUCUUGGUGUUCCUCAGGCUCUUCCAUCCCCAUUGGUUGGCUGUUUCUGAUUACAUUUGAGUUCACACUAUCCAUGAUGAAAGACUGAUCUCCCUUGGGAAGUUGAGAUGUGAGAUGUCCUGGCUUAGCCCUUGAUGAGAAAAACAUGAAGAACACUGAUGGACGUUUGAAUUUGUGGUCCCAGUCCUCUGUCCCUCUCAGGCCUUCUAGGCAUGUGUGUGAGGGAAGUCUCCUAAGUGUAAGAAAGUGUUCUACCGGCAAAGAUGCUCAAUAAACUAAGCCUCCUAUUAUGCAAGCAA